AUGUUUGACAACAACAACGACAACACCUCCAACUUCUCGUACGGCUCUGGUGCCCCGGACACUAGUCCUGGUACCUCCCUCGCCCAGUCACCCCCCUCCCGUGACAACGAGUUCCAGAACUUUAUGUUUGGCAAUUACGGUAUCAACACCCUUUCGGUUACGCCGGAGCCCGCCAGUCCGCCGGUCUCGCCUGGUACCGUUACCCCAUACACGGCUCCCUCCGUCUAUCCAUCCUACUAUCAAGACGAUGACCUUUCCUCGGCUCCCUUUGCGACCGCCUUCGUCCCCGGCUGGCAGGACGGCUAUGUUCCUCCUGCUCCCUCGGCUUACGUGCCGGUAGCCGAUUCGUUCGGGUACAACGCGCCCUCGUCCUACUCGGGUCACGUUUACCCCUCCGUCUUCCAGAGCGACGACCUUACUCCUGUCGUCCCUCCAUCCCCUACUCCAUCCAUCGACUUUGCCGAUCCCAUCUGGUCCAUCCGUCCUACCGCCGACGACCACUCGUGGUCGUACAUUGACCCAAGGCUCCUCCAGCCGGUCCCGGUCGCGUCGCCCUUCUCUGUGUCGGACGAUUCCCUUCAGACCGUCAUCGUCGCCAAGGUCCCCGGUACCUCUAGGUCGGUUCCGGUCUCGGUCGCUGAUUCAUCGGAGGAUGAGGUGGAGUCCACUGGGAAUACUACCGUGGUGGAGCAACGCCACGACGGGUCCGUGAUCAUCACUCAGCAAGGUCACCGCCACCCCAACGGCUGCGAUGCCUGUGCUCCGGGUCCGCGAGGUCGAGGUGUCCCGUGCAUGGUUCAUCCCGACUUCCCCAAGUGCGCGCGGUGCACUGCGUGGGGCAAGUUCUGCUCGCUCAACUAUAAGGUUUCCGGUGGUGGUGGCGGUGGGAAUGAUGAUACACCUUGGACCAUCUACUCGAACAAUGUGAUGAGUGGCGCCGGAGUCGAUCAUAAAUUCGCCAGCGCGACGACCUGUAGCACCGCCAGAGUGGGGAGAGUCAGGGCCGGCAGCGGGCGAGCAGGUGGCAGUGAAUGCCGAGGCGCCCGAGUCGUACUCCUCAUCGACGAUGACAACGGAGCGGUAGCGUACCGAUAG